GCUUCGGUGUUCACGGCCAACAGCUUGAGCUUUUGUUUGCUUUCUGCUUUAAUGGAGGGUCCUUAAUCUCUCUCUCUCUCUCUCUCUCUCUCUCUCUCUCCUACUUGUUUAGAUCUCUCAAGUCCUGUAUCUCUCUCAACUCUUCCUCCGGUGAAUCGCGAAACUUGUUCAGGUACCAUUCUGCUAUUGGUUCACGUGUAUGUAUCUGUACAUAUUCCCACGCACAUAUAUAUAUUUAUCUUCUCAUGUGUGUGAAGAUACGCAUGCGAAGAUAAACCAGGCUAAGAGGAAUUUUCAGAAGUUUUGAAGUCUAAUGUCUCCACCACUGCUAGGUGUUGAGGGGGAAGGUCGGGGUGGUGUUUCCAUAAUGGCUGCUGCCCAGAAUGGUUUGGAAUUGAAAGAACGGAAUUAUCUAGGUUUGCCAGAUUGUUCUUCGGGGGACAGCUCCUCAGUCUCAAGUGGGUCAGAGGACAAAAAGAUCAACCUAAAUCUGAAGGCCACAGAGUUAAGGCUUGGUCUACCUGGUUCCCAGUCCCCUGAACGAGAUCCAGAACUUAGCCAAGUGAACUCAGCAAAAUUCGAGGAGAAACACUUGUUUCCUUUGCUUCCUUCGAAAGAUGGAGUCUCUGCACAACCGAUAAAGACUGUUGUUUCAGGCAACAAAAGAGGUUUCUCCGACACCAUGGGUGGGAUCUCAGAGAUGAAAGGAUCUGCGUAUACCGAAGGAAAGUGGAUGUUUCAGGCGGCUGGUUCUGAAUCUGAAGCUUCCCUGGUCACAGGGAAGUUUCCUGGCAAUGCAGGAACAAAUGUUGGGCUCGCUUCUAGGGCAUCUGGGGCUCAAUCAAACGUAAUGAAGGAAGUGCCAUCAAAGGUGUUACAGGAACGACCUCGUGCCACUAAUGGAUCUACCCAUAAUGAAAUUAAGGCUUCUAACAACAAUAGCAGUGCACCACCCGCUGCAAAGGCACAGGUUGUUGGUUGGCCUCCUAUAAGAUCAUAUAGGAAGAAUACACUGGCUACCUCUUCAAAGAACAAUGAUGAAGUUGAUGGAAAACCUGGUCCUGGGACACUUUUUGUGAAGGUUAGCAUGGAUGGUGCUCCGUAUCUGAGGAAGGUGGAUCUGAGAAUGUACUCUACAUACCAAGAACUUUCAUCUGCUCUUGAGAAAAUGUUCAGUUGCUUCACAAUAGGUCAAUGGGGAUCCCAUGGAAGUCCAGGGAAGGACAUGCUUAGUGAGAGCAAGUUGCGGGAUAUGCUGCAUGGUUCAGAAUGCGUGCUUACUUACGAGGAUAAGGAUGGUGACUGGAUGCUUGUGGGAGAUGUCCCCUGGGAGAUGUUUAUCGAAUCAUGCAAGAGGCUCAAGAUCAUGAAGAGCUCUGAUGCUAUUGGGUUAGCUCCCAGGGCCAUGGAAAAAUCCAAGAACUGCAGCUAAGCCAGUGCUUGGAUAUGAUCGACUGCUUUCCAGUCACGUAGUCCGAGGUAGAAAGAUUCUGGGUAUUGUGAAACGGCAAGGCGUGUUUGGUUGAUGAAAGAAGCAGAGGGUGAUAAGAUGAUUUGGUGAUGCAGUCCGGAUCAUGGUUUAGAUGCUUUUAAUGUCUUACCGUGUUGCUUUCUUUGAAAGAGUACAUGUUUAUUUGUUUGUGUCUGAAGUCUGUGAUUCGUUAUAAAGACCUUGUGAUAUUGAGGAGAUAAUCGUCUGGAGAGUUAAUGAACUUUUAGUUGUGCCUUUUGUAUUUGAUGUGUAUGUUCAAAAACCAAGUUGUAAUUGUGCUUCUUAACUUGAUGAUUUUCCAACUGUGCGGUUUGGUGGAUUA